CAGCAUCCUACAAACGAUGUGAGGGAAAGACAGCAGACACAGCCACCCUGUGGUGAAAUAGUAUCAUUGUCUUGCAUACCUUAGAUGUUGGGAAGUGGUUGAACACAGCAACUUAGACGAGAAGCUGUUAAUUAAAGAAGGUUUUUGACAAAUUGUCGCCUUGUUUACGAACUAGCCAGUCGAGUGGCUAACUGGCGUAACACAUUCAUGGGAACCGAGGAGCGAGAUUGGAUGGAAGUAGCCAAUGAUCUCCUCUAUAAGUGCCACAUUAAUUUGAGACUACAAAGACUGACGGACUGUGACGCCAAUGUUUUCGUCGCGUUGUACGAAGCCAUCUUGAGUGACAAAGUUCCAGAUUACAUAGCUGUCCCACGAAGCCAAGAAGAUGACAUCCACAACGUGCAGUCGGUGAUCGACUCGCUGGCCUUGGACUACCUCCACAUCAGUCUGUCUCACAUCACCGGUGAGAACGUUGCUCGGGGUGACCAGGAAUCUGUGAGAAACCUGCUUGAAAUAUUCGACGGUCUGCUCGAGUACCUGACAGAGCAGCUGAGCGACGAUGAGGAACUGCAAAACGGAGCAGACAUGCAGCCCAAUGGAGAGGCCCACAGUAAGGGUCCCGGGGCUCAGCAGCCAGGAGAGCAAGAGCACGAGAAGAUGUCCCAGGCCUCCAGUGCACAGUCAGCCGUCCAGUCCAGCAAGCACUCGCUGCACUCGUGGAACGGAGACGAGUCGGAGUCCACCGCCGAGCUCAUCCGCCUAGGAGACUCGGCCCGCACGUUCUCCAAGAAGGAAGCAGUGCUUCCUGCACCCAGUGUCCCCUCUCAGGGUCCAGAUGCCACCUCCGGUGCCCAAGCCGCCCCUGCUGCUGCUGCUGCUGCCGCUGCCGCCGUGGCUACCACCAGCGCUGCAGUCCCAGGCUCCGCCACCUUGCUCCGGGAGCCCCUGCGCUCCGCCAUCCCCCUCCAGCCACCCUUCCAGACCACCCCUCAGAGGCUCGUCCCGGCCGAAGCGCUGGCCCCAGCUCGGCCAGCGCCGGCCCGCGGCUCGGUCAGCCUGCAGGAGCAGGAGACGGCCACCGGCGGCCUGCAGAAUGGUUUUAUGAGGCCCGCUGGGGAGGGCCUACGCUCGAGUCACCUCCUCUCCCCGUCAUCGCCCCGCUCUCCCGUGACAAGCGAGAGGUCCACGUCCAGCCAGAGGAAAGCCAAUGUAGAGAGCAGGCACCAGCCAGAGCGGACGUUGCCGGCGCCCAGGCGAGUUCUCUUCCGCACGCAGCCCGACGUGCUGCUCCUCUCCCUUCGCGAGGAGCUGGAGGGAGGCCCCCUCCACAACGGACACCCCGAGGAGGUGCGGACAAACGGGGAGACGCAGGAGGAGGAGGAGGAGGAGGAGGAGGAGAUCCUGCAGCUGAGCUCCAGCUCGUCCUCCAGCUGGAGGAGGGAACACGGCAGGGGGGCCAGAGACAGAGGCCUGGCCAGGAGUGAGCCCCAGGAGCCCCUGUCCCGCCGCAGUCAGAAGAACAGGAAGGCAGAGCAGGAGCUACACGACAUGUCUGAGAAACUCUCCCACCGUCUGGAGGAGCUGGACCUGAUGCUGAAGCGAGCUCUUGGUGAGAGCGGUGAAGCGUGUGAGGAGGACCAGCAGUCCCACCACAGUGACAGUGUCAUGGAGUGCCGGAGGCUUGGCAGACCCACAGACUUGCCCCUGACCAAUGGGGUGACGCGCACGCGCUCCCUCUCGCCCUCCCCUCCUCCCCCCCCCACGCGGCGCUCGCUGCAGGCCCAGCUGGAGGAGGCCGCCGGCCGCGACUCCAGACACCACAUGGCCCGCACCCGCCGCAGGGAGCUACGGGAACUACACAGCCAGAGACGCCGGGGACAGAUGGUGGGCAAAGCCUACGAGGAGGAGCUGAAGAGGUACGAAGACGACGAGCGGGCAGUCAUGGAACGGGAGUUCAGGGAGGUUUUGAGGAAAGAGGCUCCUCGCAGUCCAAAGGCAGCAGACGCCUGCAGCCCCAAGACCUCCGUGUCCCAGAGCUCGUCCCGCAGCAGACACCCGCCGUCGAGCCGCAAGCAGUCGCACCUUCAGACUCGCAAAGCUGCAGCCAUGAAGUUGAAGGAGAAUGACCUGCUGCCCACUCUGCUGGAGGAGUUCCCAGGGCUGCAUCUCUCCCCUCACGCUCUGGGCCGCAUGUGGAAGCAGCAGCUGCGGCAGGUGGACCACCUCAACGCGCCCGAGAACCAGCGCGGCCACAUCAAGCUGGCCAAUCAGGUGGAGGAGGCACAGAAGAAGCACGACCUGUUAAUGGAUAUCAUCCGCAAAGAACAGGAACACAACCGCAGACUGAAGGACCAGAGGGAGCGCACGCAGCAGCAGAAGUCGGCUCAGAACAAGUUGCGGGAGCAGCGGCAGCAGGUCGCUCGCGCCAAGAAAUACUUCAGUGACUACCACCUGCAGCUGCGCUCCCGUCUGGCCAGGGCCCGCACGCGCGAGGAGAGGCUGUUUAAGCAGAUCUUUGAGGAGGGCGUCGAGGUGCAGAAAGCUCGUCUGAGGGAGGACCGCGCCUACGCCAGAGAGCAGCGGCAGGCGAACCAGCAGCGGCACCGCACCGAGCUGGAGGCCAUGGAGAACUACUACAAGGACCAGAUGUCGUUACUGGCUGAGACUCUCGCACAGGAGCGCGAAGAGAUUCAGGUGCGGAAGAAGGCCCAGGAGAAGGCCUUACAGAAGCUUAAGCGGGAGCUGCGCGGCAAGAUGGAGCGUGAGAUCGGCGAGCUGCAGCGUAUCAUCGUCCAGAACGACGAUGACGACUACUUCCGCGACCUGGAGGCGGAGCGACUGCGCAGCCGCCUGCAGAUGGCCUCCUUCCAGUACAACACCAGCUGCCUGCACUGACCUCAGAUCAGACAGAACUGAUCAGAGCGUGACUUCACGGUUGAUUGUAAUGCAUUGGACCUUGGGGGGGGUGUGUGUGUGGAGGGUGUUGUCAAUGAAUAUGAAUGGUACAGACAUGAAGGUGGGCCUUGGUUUUCAAGGCUGAAGCAGUGUUCACGCACAACACACACACACACACACCCACCCACAUAUGCACCACACACACACACACACACACACACACGCACACAAACGCACACAACACACACAUAUAUAUACACACACCUGCUGCUAACUCCGCUAACUCCACCUUUCCCUCAACUCUUCCAACGGUUGUCCACCGUUUAACUGAAACAUUUGUUUUAUUUAUUGUGUUUUUAAGAAGAAAAAUUGUGACCUUUUUGGAAAAAAAAAAAGAGAAUAGUCUGCGUUUUGUUCCAGUGGUGUCUUGUACGUGGUGGGGAUGGCUGAGAGUGCAUGUGAACUCGUCUUCCGCAUGGGCCAACAAGGACCACUGAAAGAUGCAACACUAAUAAUGUGUCACUAAAAGAUCCUUAUUUAAUUUUAUUCAUGCCUUUUAAAAACAAACAAAAAAAAAUGUAACAAAUUAUAUGCUGGAUUGUUUUUCUCUGGUGUCUUGAACACUGUUUGAAUUGGAGAUGGAUGAUUGAAUGAAUGAAUUUUAUUUAUGAAA